CUUCUCUCUCCCUCCCUCAGAAAUCCAACGGCUACUUAUCAUCACUCAUCCCAUUUUACCACAGGUCCCCAGCCUUAUAUUUUCCUGUUUGUUUUCUCGAGAAAACCAGACCAGAAAGAAAAUGUUGUCCAAACAAAACUUUCUUUCUAUCUUCUUCUUCUUCUCUUGCAUCUUCUCUAGUUCUUUAUCGAACCCGGAUUUUAUUACAUUACUCUCUUUCAAAUCCUCCUUGUUAGACUCAUCAAACGCGUUAUCCACCUGGGUCAACUCAACUAACCCGUGCAUUGAUUCCUGGCUUGGUGUCACAUGCCAUCCCACAACUCACCGAGUCACGAAACUGGUACUUGAGAACUUGAAUCUUACUGGUUCGAUCGACGCUCUGAGUCAACUCACUCAACUCAGACUCUUAAGCUUAAAACAAAACCACCUCUCCUCUGCUUUCGAUUUGAACUUUUCUUCUUUGAAAAACCUCAAGCUUCUUUACCUCUCUCACAACCGCCUUUCCGGAAACUUCCCCUCUGGAAUCCACUCCCUUCGGCGUCUCCGGAGGCUCGACCUUUCCUAUAAUUACUUUUAUGGUGAGAUUCCAUUUCCCGAGUUGGCUCAGAUGCCUCGGCUACUAACUCUUCGUCUCGAUUUCAACUCAUUCACUGGGAAAAUCGGACCUUUCAGCUUUUUCCCAUCUGGGUCAAUCCUGGAAUUCAAUGUUUCCAAUAAUUUUCUCUCCGGCGAGAUUCCGGCGAUAUUUUCACGUUUCCCGGUGAGUUCUUUUUCCGGAAAUAAGAAUCUUUGUGGUAAACCGCUGGCGUUGGAUUGUUUUCAUCGGACAGUGGAGAGUGAGCCAGCAAAACCAGGUGAUGUAGGAAUGAAGAAUAAAAAGAAGAAGGGAGUGAGUGACUGGGCGGUGUUUCUGAUCAUCACUGCCGAUGCGGUUGCCAUUUUGGCAGCGCUCGUGACCAUCACGUGCUGCUGUUACUGUAAAAAAAGACGAAACAGUGGGGCCCAGGAGAGAAUUAAAAGGAAAGUUAGGCCAGCAGGUUCCCUCAAUUCAAUGGGUGGAUUUUACGGUGGUGGUGUUGGUGGUGGCCGUGACGAGGUGAUGGUGGUGUUUGAUGGGUGCAAGGGUUUUGGUGAUGUGGAUGAUUUGUUGAAGUCAUCAGCUGAGUUGUUAGGAAAAGGAUUUGCGGGGACCACUUAUAAGGUGGUGGUGGAUGGUGGUGAUAUGAUGGUUGUUAAGAGGGUGAGAGAGAGGAGAAAGAGAAAGGAGGUUGAUAGCUGGUUGAGGAUAAUUGGUGGGCUAAGGCAUUCUAACAUUGUGAGCUUAAGAGCUUAUUAUGAUUCUAAUGAGGAGUUGCUUUUGGUCUAUGAUUUUCUACCAAAUGGAAGCUUACACUCUCUCUUGCAUGGGAACAGAGGACCAGGGAGGACUCCAUUGGACUGGACAACAAGGUUAAAACUAGCAUCAGGUUCUGCACUUGGCCUUGCAUUUCUGCAUGGCUACAACAAAGCCAAGCAUUUCCAUGGGAACCUAACAUCAUCAAACAUCGUAGUUGAUCACUUGGGAAAUGCUUGUGUUUCUGACAUUGGUCUCCACCAACUCCUGCAUGCCGCAUCUAUCUCAAACAAUGGCUACAAGGCUCCAGAACUAAUGCCUAACAACCAGAAUAAUGUCAGCCAGAGAAGGUUCACACAAAAAUGUGAUGUAUAUAGCUUUGGGGUGAUUUUGCUUGAGAUAUUGACAGGGAAAAUGCCAAAUGGAGAGGGAGAAACAAGUUUAGUGAAGUGGGUUCAAAGAGUGGCAAGAGAAGAGUGGACUUGGGAGGUGUUUGAUUUUGAGUUGUUGAGGUACAAGGAAAUGGAGGAGGAAAUGGUAGGUCUUAUGCAAGUAGCUUUGCUUUGCUUGGCUCCAUUUCCAAGAGACCGCCCAAAGAUGAGCAUGGUGCAUAUGAUGAUUGAAGAUAUUAGGACCAAGGGUGGAAGACAAUUAGGUGACCGGAGUUCUAUUAUGAAUGAUCUGUCUUCUGAUUCAUCUCCUUCUCUAUCAGAAAGCACCCUCAAUUUCACCAGUGGGAGUUGAUUAGUUUAUAAAAGAGAAGUGGCAGCUGUCAUGUUUGCCUAAUUAAGUUCAUAAUUAGCAGAAAGGGGGCACUUUUAGCAGUUUGACAUCAUAAGGGAGCUGGGGUUGGAGAUCGUAAGCCUGUGCCAUUUGCAAUUCUGUAAAGACAAUAUAGCAUAUAGAUGAAUCUAUUUUUCAUGGUAGCAUGUUUUAAUUGAUGGAAACUAUAGUAGCAUAUAUGUAUAAUAGAUUGAGAAAUUCUCGAGUUCUGAUUCUUUGAA